CAAGGUUUGGUGUUUGAAACAGCUGUUAACUCAAAAUAAAAAAAAUUCUCCAAUUUUUCACUUUUAGUAACGAUGACGGACCCUAAAAAACCUGUGAAAAACACCCUGUUUAACCCGUCCGUAACAGGUAGUACUUAUGAGGAGUUUUCUCAGCAUGCUGUGCUAUUCCCAGCUAUGGAGAAACCUCCUCAACCUGUGGUUGAUAUUACAACAGAUCAAAUUGUACAGAAUUUGGCUUCGACCGAGCAAUAUGCAGCUCCAGCAGUAUUAACCCCAGUAGAAUCUUUUACUUUCCAUCCGCAACCUUCUGCCGGCUCAUUUCUUCAGCCGGAAACCCAAGAAGUUAACGUGGAAACCCCCGAACAACCAUAUCAAAAUACUUCCCAACAAUCCGCUUCUAAUUUAACUUCUGUAUUAUCAUCUUUUUCAAACUACUUGAAAUUUGGCAGUAGUAACCGUCAGAAGGAAAGUAUAGAUUCGGACGCAUAUACUGCACCUGCUCCAGCUCUUUUAGAUAGCUUUAUUAAUCAGGAUACCAGUAACGCACCACCUGUACCAUUGUUCGACCCAACAGCUCCAUUGCUGCAACCAAGUCAAGUAUCAAUUCCACCUCCGGCAAUUUCAGGCCCUGUUAAUUCAUUUCGCCGUUCAGAACUUAAACGUCCCACGUACGCAAAAGUUCCUGGUCUUUCCGGUAGUACAAGUAAUAACUCAUUGCCAGCUGGAAAUAUAGCUCCAAGUUAUUUUCCCCCGGCAAUUCCUCCACCAGUCGUGUCGUCAAUUUUUCCUCCGGUUGUGCCUCAACCUUCAUUAUCUCCUGCUAGCUCCACUUCCUCUAUUCAGGACGUUACAUUCGCUCUUAAUAGCCAGUUUAAACCUAUUAAUCCUCAACCACCAUCUGUUCCGGCUGUUAAACCAAAUAUUCCUCAACCUCAACAUUCCACGCAUAGUAUCAAUUUAGGCCCAGUAAUGGAUGCCAUUCCUGCUAACGAGGCUUUGCACCGACCACCAACAGAAACUGAUAGUAAUUCUACAUUAGCUACAAAUAUCGCACAGACUAGCAAGACCUACAGACCUGUUUACCAUCAUUGGUUCUAUCAGAAUGUCGCAGAAGAUAAAAUCUCAUGGCUGCCAUUUUCCACGGUGGAUUCUCUUGCUUUAGAGGAUGCGUUUAUCUCAAAUGAUUUGGAUCCUGACAAAGUUAUAGCGACAGAUGGUGGUCGUUAUGACGUGAAUAUUUUACGACGGCAAAAAUGCCCAGUAUAUUGGAAAGGAACGGUCUCAGAGGUCAGGCGUUGUUCUUGGUUUUACAAAAAUGAUAUCGACAGACAGUAUGUGCCAUAUGAUGAAAAUAUAGCAGCAACGUUGGAAGGAGAGUUUAAAAUUGCGUUUGAAUUGAGUCAGUGGCAUCGAAAAGUGAAAUUGGCAAGCGGAGAAACGGUGGAAUUCCGUGCAUCAAAUGAUUUAGUGUUGCUUCCUCCUCAAUCAACAACCGAUGCAGCUUCACAGAUGCCAAUAAAGCCUAAGAUUGUCAAGCGAGGCAUGGAUGAAUUUGAUAUUGACGAUGGGGAACCGGCGAAAGUCGAUCAUCUUUUAUUAAUGGUUCAUGGAAUCGGAAAAUUCUGUGACCUUAGAUUUAGAACUGUAGAAGAAUCUGUUGACGAAUUUCGUGAUAUUGCUCUACAGCUGACACAGGCUCACUACCGAUCUGCUUGUGAGCAAGGAGUUAUUAAUAGAGUGGAGAUUUUACCUAUUAAUUGGCAUGAAAGACUUCAUUCGAAUGAAACUGGAGUAGAUGAUCAAUUAAAGAAAAUUACCCUGCCAAGCAUUCCAAGACUUCGAGAAUUGACUAAUGGAACCAUUCUGGAUGUAUUGUUCUACACAAGUCCCAUGUACUGUCAAACUAUUAUUUCCACCGUUGGAGAGGAACUGAAUAGGGUUUACAACUUAUUUAAAGAAAGAAAUCCUUCUUUUCGGGGAGGAGUAUCUAUUGGAGGUCACAGUUUGGGAUCUUUGAUUAUUUUUGACCUGCUUGCACAUCAACAUCCAGACGACACAAGUGAUGAAGCUACUAGGGAAGAAAGUCCAAAAGAAGAUACCCCCGGGAGCAAUAAAACACUUUGUAGGAGAAUAAGUUACAUGAUGGGCACAGUUGAUGCAAACCAGCCAAAAAUAUCCUACCCUCAUCUCGAUUUCAAACCACAUACCUUCUUUGCUCUGGGAAGUCCCAUUGGUAUGUUCGUAACAGUCAGAGGACUUGCGCAACUUGGAGAAGAUUUUUGUCUUCCCACAUGCCCAUCUUUCUUUAAUAUAUUCCAUCCAUAUGAUCCUGUGGCAUACCGGAUUGAAGCUCUGAUCAACCCAGAAUUGGCCAAACUAAAACCUGUGCUUAUUCCUCAUCAUAAAGGCAGGAAAAGGAUGCAUUUAGAAUUAAAGGAAACAAUGGCUAGAGUGGGUGCUGAUCUAAAGCAAAAAGUUGUCGACUCGAUGAAAAGUAAAUGGAACCCGUUUUAUCAAUUUGCCUUCUUCCAACGAGAAGAACCUGCAGCAGAAGAGAAAUCAAAUGAAGGGACACCCGUUUCACUCGAAUCUACAUCGGAGGAAGGUGAAGGGGUAGAACCCGAACCUGAACCUGAAUUCAUUGACUUUAAUAUGGGGCAGCUAAAUAAUGGUAGACGGAUUGACUAUGUCCUGCAAGAAGCCCCGUUGGAGAUCGUGAUUGAUUAUUUGUCUGCUAUCAGCAGUCACGUGUGUUACUGGAGGUCUGAAGAUAGCAUCUUAAUGAUUAUAAAAGAGAUUUACUCGUCUUUAAAAAUCGAAACCGACGAUAAAAUUCCUCAACAAACCAUGACCAUCGUAAGACCCCCACCUUUUCCAAACACUCAAAGGCAAUUAUUGGCUGCAGGAAUGAAAUCUACGAGUCCUUUUUGUGCAAGGGACGAUGUACCUCAAGACCAGAGGACUGGUUUUUUGAGGAAAACAUAGUACAUGCUUUACUAUUCAAUCUAUCGCCCCAUAGUAGAGAGAUAUGCACCCUUUCUAUUGAUUAAGCAGCAUUCUACUGUUAAAAAACGGAGAGUCAAAUUUGCAUCCUGAUUCAGAAAACGAAACUGUGAUUAAGAGAUUGUUGUUAAUAAAUCAAAUAUUUAAAUAUUUACUGUUAACUAGUUGUUCUUCGUAUUUAGCAAAUAUUGGUUGAUUUUAGGUUCAGUUAUUCAUUUUUCUAUCUUCCCAGUCUUGUAAUAUCUGCUUUUAUAAAGACAUACUUAAAUUACGUUUUUUAUAUUGAAUAUCGGUUCAUAUACAGGGAUUUUAUCUUCGAAUUUCGAUUCGUAUCUAUGACAAUUGUACAAUCAAAUAAAGAUACUUAUUCAAGCUUAUAAA